AGGAACUCCAGACUAUUCAACGCCUAGUAAGCACAGUAAGUUACAGGAAAAGAGAAAUGAGUGACCUUCCAAUGCACAUCCCGGUGAUAGACUUUUCCCAAUGCGGUCUCCAAGAGCCAGAGGAGGGUCUUCAAACUGAGAGUUUGAUAAAAGUUGGACAACAGAUCAAAGAUGCAUUCAGCACUGUCGGAUUUUGCUAUCUGAAAAACCAUGGUAUUGACCAACAAUUGGUGGACAAAUACAUGGCAGUUUCAAGAAAAUUCUUUGAACUGUCGGUUGAAGAGAAGAUGAAACAUGUUCGUGGGGUUGAGCGAAAUUAUGGAUGGGUUGCUGUUGAGAGAGAGAAGUUAAACCCAGAACGACCCGGUGAUUUAAAGGAGGCGUUCAACUUUCAUCCCGGUGAUGACCCAGACGAUUGGCCGGAUGUGGAGUUUCAGCAGGCGAGUAAGGACAUGUACCAGCGAUGCACCGAGCUAUCAUAUCGUGUAUGCGAUGCUUUGUCUGUCGGUUUAGGUCUUGGAAAAAGUUUUAUUCGUGAUGCUCACUCGUUGGUUGGUAAAAAGGAAUGUCAGACGACACUUCGAAGCUUGUACUACCCACCGAUUCCCGACCAAUCACCGUUAAAGCCCGGCCAAAUUCGUGCUGGUGAGCACUCGGACUAUGGUUCUUUAACUCUCCUUUUCCAAGACGAUAUAGGGGGACUGGAAGUAAACAUUCCAGGAACCGGAUACGUACCUGCCACCCCAAUUCCCGGAACUGUUGUAGUCAAUAUCGGCGAUUUAAUGCAGAGAUGGACGUCGGAUAAACUGUUGGCUACGAAACAUAGGGUUGUAAUACCGGAAACGGAAAUGGGAAAACAGAAGUGCCGUCAGUCUGUGGCUUUCUUUGUUCAUCCCGACGAUGAGUACAUGAUCAAAUGUUUGGAUGGCUCAGAUAAAUACGAACCUAUUUCAAGCUUGGAUUAUCUUAAGUAUCGUUUCAGUGUAACAUACUAAUGUACUUUGCAUUAUCAUUAUCGCAAAUAUUCGGAUCGCAAGGAUUCAAGAUAGUAUCAUGAUUGCUUAUGUGGAUGAAUAUGUAUAGAGAAAGUAAUAGUUAUAUAGAAUGAUUUGUUACAUAAACAUGUUGACCAUGCGAUAACUUCGGGGAGGAAAUGUAAAAUUAAUUAUCUCUAUUGAUAUCUAUCACUUAACUAUACAUUCAAUUGCAAAAACCCAGCUAAUUUUAGCCGAUGUGGCUGUUUCGAAAGACGGUGGCCUUUUUGUAUAAACCGUCGGCACUUCGGAAUCAACAAUAUUUCAUUAACUGAUUUUCUCACGGUUGCCACAACAUCUUGGAUGCAAAACUCAAGAAAAAUACUUCAGGGUUAUGUUACGGUAAUUCGAACCUCGGUCGAUGUAAAAAUCACAAACAUCCACGAUACUCAUGUUGUUUAAGAAACCAAUUAUUUAAAGGGGCACAUUAUAUGUUAAUGCUUAAAAGUGUGUAUGUGUUUUAAGUUAAUCAAUUAUUUUGUUUAACUCAUUUAACUGUAUGAUCAAAAUGAAAAGGAUAUGAUUUGUGUACAGAUGAAAAAUAUUGGCGACAUGUUUGGGCUUUUUAAACUGUUUAAAUAUUCUAAUGGAAUUUUGAAUUAGUUUGUAAAUAAAUAAAGAUGCACUCUUACUUCCAAAUAAGAUUUAAUACAAUUAAUACAAAUGUUUUAUUAAACCAAAAAGGAUCAGUAAAUAUCGAAAGCAAUGGUUCUUGCGAAGGAUACCGAAUUGAAUUUGAAAGAAAGGUGCAGAAAACAGUAUGUCUACCUUAUGACACGAAUGUAGAUCACAGUAAAUCUUUUAGCACUCACCAAUCAUUUAAUAUUUUUGCGUUUUCAGCUAUUUAAUUCACGGUUACAAUCUCGUUAUCAGUAAUUACUAAUUUCCAUAAAUGCAUUAUUGAGUAAGUAGUUAAACGCCUAGUUUAAUCCUUCUAUAAGUGUAUGCCCCCCCCCCCCCCAACCGUGUAUUGUACACAACCUCAUUGAUCUUAAAUCUUAUUGCCUGAUUGUCUUAUCUGAUCUCUGAUCUGAAUGUCCAGCUGUGCAGUUUUGGAGAUUUUAUUUUUAAAAAUGGAUGCUAAAUGGCUUUGAGCCAAUAAACAAAUAAAUAGGAAAUUUGCCCCUACUGUGACAUCAGUGCAUUUAGCAGGAGAUGCACAGCAGGGGAUUGUCAUGCCAAACAUUCCUUAAACUAGGCCUUUAAAGGUCGAUCGCUCAAAUACUAUAUUUGUUAUACAUGUGUAUGCAUUGAUUUUGAAUAAAUGAGUGUCACUUUAA